UUGUCGGAGAGGAGAUGCCUGAUGGGGAGGCGCGCAAUUAAAACGAAAGAAGAAUGAUUGCGACGGAUAGGGAGGGAGAAGGCGGGAUUGAAUGAGGGCGUGGCUUCUCUCAUACGAGGCGACGAUCCCCCAUCGUUCAUGUCCUCUCGUCGCACAAGUCAGGAAUCCGCGUGUCGCUUUCAGCUGGCGCCCUUCCGCCAACCCUCUUCAACGCCCGCCAUGCGCUCCUCCUCGACAUCGUUGUUUUCCCCUCCUCUUUAUCCCCCGCCUUUCCUCCCACCCCCCGUACGGCAUCCACGCCGUGUGCGCGCUGUGGCACCUUCCAUUACGCACUCGUGCCACCGCUGCCGAUUGUGUUGCACGUUCCUUGUCUAGAGGCCAUGUUGCGCGAUCUACCUUAUAUUCAGCGAGCGGCCGACGUCCCUUUGUGGCCGCAGAUCGAGGACCCGGGACUGAGUGAUCUGUUGGCCGCUGGCCGCCAUGUGCGCUACCCCGACGCGCCAUCGACGAUGCCGCACAAACUCGUCCGCACAAGUAAAAGAAAUGCUGACGCUGCCGUCGAUCUGAGCGAAUGCGCGCCGGGUGGUCGCGGACUUGGCGGGGAGGUGCGGCAUUUCAUUUUCGCCCCAGGCGAUCGAUGUUCAAAAGUCGCGUCGCAGUCGGGGAUCGUGCACCCCGUCGCGUUUGCGGUCGAGCCUGCUCUCUUCUCAUCCUCUUUGUCGCGCCAAAAGACCUCUGCAAGGCCACUCUGCACCGAUUCACACGCCCACUCAUUCUCCUGCAGCUACCCUGAGCUCCCUGCCAGUUCCCGGCGUCUGCCACUCGAGUACCCGUGGGCCGCACACCCCUUGCUCGCGGAGUACUUCUGCACGCCUUCUACCGCCUCUCCGGAGUUCUACCCUCUGUCUACGCACUUCCACACUCGUGAUUCGCCAAUGCGUGAGCUGAGCGUGCCUGAAACCGUGCUAGAUAGUGUUGCGGGGCCCUACACCAUCUCCAGCAACCCACCGAACCCCAAAACCAGCUUCCGGGUUGGAGAUUGGAUUUGCACAGUAACCAACUGCGCCGCGCAUAACUUCGGACGGAACUCGACGUGCAUUGGCUGUGGCCGCCACCGUAACGAAGACCCUCAAGGCAUAAUGCAGCCGCCCAGUCCAUCCUACGUGGGCCCAUCCGCCAACCGCUUUUCCCCGCGAUUCGCCUCGUUUUCGCAGGCUCAGGCCCACUACGACGCUUUUGCUGUCCAGCAGCCGCUUCAUCCUUCUCUGCAACGUUCGCGUACGCACAGUUCACCGGGCUCGCUAGCGUCGCGCCUGCCUUCCGUACAACAAGCGCCCAUGGCGGGUCAGCGGUCUUGCAGCCCGUAUCCGUUGCUCACGCCCUCUGGUCGGGCGUUGAGCAUCGGCGGACGCGUGCAAAACGUCUCAGGCGAUCCGAUGACGCCAUGCAUCAUGUAUUGGCCGGACAAUGAGCCCCUACCGGAGCAGGGGCAGAUCCGCCCCCUGGGGUCGAGCGUGAUAUCAUACCCACCCAUCAUCAAUACUGGCAACAAGGGUGCGGCAGAAAAGCAGCCCGGCGACUGGAUCUGCCAGAAGUGUCACUACCUCAACUGGCGCCGCAGGAAGGUCUGCCAGACGUGCUAUCCGUAUGCGGAGGGAAAUGGCGACUCCAUUUCAGCCACCGUUCAGGCAGAACGGAUUGCGCUACUCGAAAACGUGCUCGCGACGCAGGUGAGCCGCGUGACGAAGCAGGAGAGCACGCCGCUGCCUGAGGCCACACGCGUGCUGCUUCCCGCCUCGGAGCGCAUGGCAUAUCGCUCGCCUGUGUCGCCCUUCUCGCCUCCCUCGCCUUGGGCGCCUCAUCCGCAACGCUCGGCGUCACUCGGCUUGCAGGCGCAUCCAAGCCCGAUAUACCAGACGGACGGCAAUCCGGCCACGGCGACUCUGUUGCCGUCGUUCCUGCAUGAGAUCGUGCAGUCGCCAUCCCUGUCGCCGUCGACGUCGACUUCAUCCGCGGAGCUCUCGCUGGAGGAGUAUGACGAGGCCGUGCUGCGCGGGUACGCGCGCGCGGAGCGCCCGCGUGCAGAGAAGCUGCGCGGCACCAGCGGAUCGUCGUCGUCGUUUGCGCUGCCCGGGAACAGUAUUUGGAAAAUGGAUGGCGAGGAGACGAAGACGCUGUCAACGUCCGGCGCGGCGAUCGUCCCGCCCGCCAAGAAGUUCUGAUGGAUCCAACCUGCACUAGCAAAGGAUUGGGCGGUAAGUCGGACCGCUACUCGACGAUAGUACGUAGAGGUCCACGCUGACUUACAUGUGCAGUGGCU